GGGCGGCGGCGGUGCCGCCGCGCGGGAGUCACGUGGCUUCUUCCUUUCCGUCUGUGGCCGGCUGGGAGCUGGUGAGGCGCGUGGGGUCUCGUGCUGGUUCCCCUUCGUCUCCUCUCCCGGCUCGGCCCACUAGGGAGUUAGUUGACGCCGGGUGAACUCAGCCAGCUGCCAAGAUGCCGGCCUAUUUCCAGAGGCCGGAAAAUGCCCUCAAACGCGCCAACGAAUUUCUUGAGGUUGGCAAAAAGCAACCUGCCCUGGAUGUUCUUUAUGAUGUUAUGAAAAGUAAGAAACAUAGAACAUGGCAGAAGAUACAUGAGCCAAUUAUGUUGAAAUACUUGGAACUUUGUGUGGAUCUUCGUAAGAGCCACCUGGCUAAGGAAGGAUUAUAUCAGUACAAGAACAUUUGUCAACAGGUGAAUAUUAAAUCUCUGGAGGAUGUUGUUAGAGCAUAUUUGAAACUGGCAGAAGAAAAAACUGAAGCUGCUAAAGAAGAAUCCCAACAGAUGGUAUUAGAUAUAGAAGAUCUGGAUAAUAUUCAAACUCCUGAGAGUGUUCUCCUAAGUGCAGUAAGUGGGGAAGACACACAGGAUCGUACUGAUAGGUUACUUUUAACUCCCUGGGUUAAGUUCCUGUGGGAAUCGUACAGACAGUGUUUGGACCUUCUUCGAAACAAUUCUCGAGUAGAGCGCCUCUACCAUGAUAUUGCCCAGCAAGCUUUCAAAUUCUGCCUCCAAUAUACCCGGAAGGCUGAGUUCCGUAAGCUGUGUGACAAUUUGAGGAUGCACUUAUCCCAAAUUCAGCGCCAUCAUAACCAAAGCACAGCAAUCAAUCUUAAUAAUCCAGAGAGCCAAUCCAUGCAUUUGGAAACGAGGCUUGUUCAAUUGGAUAGUGCUAUCAGCAUGGAACUGUGGCAGGAAGCAUUCAAAGCUGUGGAAGAUAUUCAUGGGCUAUUUUCCUUGUCUAAAAAACCACCUAAGCCUCAGUUGAUGGCAAAUUACUAUAACAAAGUCUCAACUGUGUUUUGGAAAUCUGGAAAUGCUCUUUUUCAUGCAUCUACACUACAUCGCCUUUACCAUCUGUCUAGAGAAAUGAGAAAGAAUCUCACCCAAGAUGAGAUGCAAAGAAUGUCUACUAGAGUCCUUUUGGCUACUCUUUCCAUCCCUAUUACCCCUGAACGUACAGAUAUUGCUCGACUUCUGGAUAUGGAUGGCAUUAUAGUUGAAAAACAACGUCGCCUUGCAACGCUGCUAGGUCUUCAAGCCCCACCAACGCGAAUUGGCCUUAUUAAUGAUAUGGUCAGAUUUAAUGUGCUACAAUAUGUUGUUCCAGAAGUGAAAGACCUUUAUAACUGGUUGGAAGUAGAAUUUAACCCGCUAAAACUCUGUGAGAGAGUCACAAAGGUUCUAAAUUGGGUAAGGGAACAACCUGAAAAGGAACCAGAAUUACAGCAGUAUGUGCCACAACUGCAGAACAACACCAUACUUCGCCUCCUGCAGCAGGUGGCACAGAUUUAUCAGAGCAUUGAGUUUUCUCGUUUGACUUCUCUGGUUCCUUUUGUUGAUGCUUUCCAACUGGAACGGGCCAUAGUAGAUGCAGCCAGGCACUGCGACCUGCAGGUUCGUAUCGACCACACUUCUCGGACCUUGAGUUUUGGAUCUGAUUUGAAUUACGCUACUCGAGAAGAUGCCCCAAUUGGUCCUCAUCUGCAGAGCAUGCCUUCAGAACAGAUAAGAAAUCAGCUGACAGCCAUGUCUUCAGUGCUUGCAAAAGCACUUGAAGUCAUCAAGCCAGCUCACAUAUUGCAAGAGAAAGAAGAACAGCAUCAGUUGGCAGUUACUGCGUAUCUUAAAAAUUCACGAAAAGAGCAUCAGCGUAUCCUGGCUCGCCGGCAGACAAUUGAGGAAAGGAAAGAGCGACUUGAAAGCCUAAAUAUUCAGCGUGAGAAAGAAGAACUGGAGCAGAGGGAAGCUGAACUCCAGAAAGUACGGAAGGCUGAGGAAGAGAGGCUGCGCCAGGAGGCAAAGGAGAGAGAGAAGGAGCGGAUCUUACAGGAACAUGAACAAAUCAAAAAGAAAACUGUUCGUGAGCGUUUGGAGCAGAUCAAGAAAACAGAGCUGGGUGCGAAAGCAUUCAAAGAUAUUGAUAUUGAGGACCUUGAAGAAUUGGAUCCAGAUUUCAUCAUGGCUAAACAAGUUGAACAACUGGAGAAAGAGAAGAAGGAACUUCAAGAACGCUUAAAGAAUCAAGAAAAGAAGAUUGACUAUUUUGAAAGAGCCAAACGUUCAGAAGAGAUUCCUUUGAUAAAGAGUGCUUAUGAGGAGCAGAGGAUUAAAGAUAUGGAUCUGUGGGAACAGCAAGAAGAAGAAAGAAUUACCACUAUGCAGCUAGAACGGGAAAAGGCUCUUGAACAUAAGAAUCGAAUGUCACGAAUGCUUGAAGACAGAGAUUUAUUUGUGAUGCGACUCAAAGCCGCCCGGCAGUCUGUAUAUGAGGAAAAACUUAAACAGUUUGAAGAGCGAUUAGCAGAAGAAAGGCACAAUCGCUUGGAGGAACGUAAGAGGCAACGUAAAGAAGAACGCAGAAUAACUUACUAUAGAGAAAAAGAAGAAGAGGAGCAGAGGAGGGCAGAAGAACAAAUGAUAAAAGAGCGAGAAGAGAGAGAGAGAGCUGAACGAGCAAAACGUGAAGAAGAGCUUCGAGAAUAUCAGGAGCGGGUCAAGAAACUAGAAGAAGUGGAAAGGAAAAAACGCCAAAGGGAGUUGGAAAUUGAAGAAAGAGAGCGUCGUAGAGAGGAAGAAAGAAGACUUGGUGAUGAUCCACUGUCUAGGAAAGACUCUCGUUGGGGAGAUAGAGAUUCAGAAGGAACAUGGAGAAAAGGACCUGAAGCUGACUCUGAGUGGAGGAGAGGCCUGCCAGAAAAGGAGUGGAGACGUGAAGGGCGGGAUGAUGAGAGACCUCAUAGAAGAGAUGAAGACCGCCCAAGACGCUUGGGGGAAGAUGAGGAGAGAGAGUCUUCUCACAGACCAGAUGACGACCGGGUGCCCAGGCGUGGCGUGGAUGAGGACAGAGGCCCCAGACGUGGUCCUGAUGAAGAUCGCUUCUCUCGCCGUGGACCAGAAGAUGACCGACCUUCCUGGCGUAAUGCAGAUGACGACAGGCCUCCCAGACGAAUUGGUGACGAGGACAGGGGAAGUUGGCGUCAUGCAGAUGAUGACAGACCACCUAGACGAGGACUGGAUGAUGACAGAGGAAGCUGGCGAACAGCUGAUGAGGACAGAGGGCCGAGACGUGGGAUGGAUGAGGACCGGGUGUUGAGGCGGGGAGGUGCUGAUGAUGAAAGAUCAUCCUGGCGGAAUGCUGAUGAUGACCGGGGUCCCAGGCGGGGCUUGGAGGAUGAUCGGGGUCCCAGACGGGGCCUGGAUGAUGACCGAGGUCCCAGGCGAGGGUUGGAUGAAGACCGAGGAGCUUGGAGGAAUGCGGAGGAUGACAGGAUCUCCAGGCGAGGUACAGAUGAGGACAGGGGGUCUUGGAGAAACGUGGAUGAUGAUCGAAUCUCCAGACCCGGUCCCUGGAGACCAUAUGUUAAGCCAGGUGGAUGGAGAGAGAAGGAAAAAGCCAGAGAAGAGAGCUGGGGUCCACCUCGAGAAUCAAGACCAUCAGAAGAACGUGAAUGGGAUAGGGAUAAAGAAAGGGAUAGAGACAAUCAGGAUCGUGAGGAGAGUGACAAAGACCCCGAACGAGAAAGGGACAGAGAGAGAGAUGCCGAUCGUGAGGAUCGCUUCAGGAGACCCAGGGAUGAAGGUGGCUGGAGAAGAGGACCAGCUGAAGAAUCUUCGAGCUGGAGAGAUUCAAGUCGCCGCGAUGAUAGGGAUGACCGUCGUCGAGAGAGAGAUGAUCGGCGUGAUCUAAGAGAACGACGAGACCUAAGAGAAGAUCGAGAUCGGAGAGGGCCCCCUCUCAGAUCGGAACGUGAUGAAGUAAGCUCUUGGAGACGAGCUGAAGACAGGAAAGAUGACCGGGCAGAAGAGCGGGAUCCCCCUCGUCGUGUUCCUCCCCCAGCUCUGUCAAGAGAUCGAGAAAGAGAAAGAGACAGAGAAAGAGAAAGAGAAGGUGAAAAAGAGAAGGCCUCAUGGAGAGCUGAUAAAGAUAGGGAAUCCCUUCGUCGUACUAAAAAUGAGACUGAUGAAGAUGGCUGGACCACGGUACGACGCUAAGUCCCAAGAGAAUGGAUUCAGACUUUCGUGUCUUACAUAGGUUUGAUCACAUUCAAGGAUUAUUAUACUUGUAUUUCAGUCUAAAUUGGAUUCUUUAACAUUUCACCAUAACACAAAAGCAUGAACUUGUAUUAAUCCUAUGUAAUAGACUGAUCAUCCACCCUAUCCACAGGACAGUGAGAAACCAUGCCAUUUUCUGGAAUUUAAGGUGUUGCGUUAUUUCAUCAAUCAUUUGUUUACAAAAAAAAGAAAAACUAACAAAUUUAAAAUGUGAACCCAUCAGGUAUUGAGUAAUACCUGUAUCUUGGUAUAGAACAGAUCUUUUUUUCUUUUGAUUUUGAAAUACCUGAUAUUAAUUUGGAAUGAGGUAAGGUUCUAUUAAAUAGGUUAUUUGAAGACUCUUUAAACCAGUGGAUCUGAAACAAUUUUCGCACCAUUCGUAAUUGAAACAUACCUCUUUAGGUAUUUUGAGGUAUUUACUAUUAACUAAAUUUAGAAAGCUUUUGGGUUCACUCUAAGUGCAGUAAACAUUGGAGUCGGGAUUUUCUGUAGAUUUUACUUGAGGUGAGUAUAAAGCAGUUCGCAGUCUUUAUUGUAAUGACAAUACUGCUCGAGUGCAAACCCUGAAACAAUACAGCUUUUAAACUUAAAACUUUUUGGUAAACUAUCGCUGAAUUUUUUUCUGUUGCCAAUAGGAAACUGCUUUCCAUUAAUGGAGAAUUCAUGCCUUUCAAGCAUUUUAAAUACGACAAUAUUUAUAAAUGUGGUUUGGAGAAAUUGUUUAAAUUCUUUUUCCUAAUUUUCUUUCUCCAGAAUAGAGUCUUUCAACAAGUAAUUUCUAGUAAUGACUGUGUUGACUUCAAUUUUGGAGUAGUUAUGUUAAAGAUUAACUAUUUGGUCAUAUUGAAGCCAACACAGAACUUGCUGCUGUGUUUUCUUUCUUCAGUGAUAAAUAAAAUACUCACAGAAUUUUAGUGUU